AUGGGCUUUAAUUGUACAUUUCUCCAGCCGCAGAAGAAACGCGGUCCAACCGGGCACCGUGUCUCGCAAAUCAGACAGCAGCAAACUCAUAACAAUUCUCGAGGUCCCUCAGAGGCUCCGAUCUCCAAACAGGAAUAUUUUCAGUGUCAUGUCCCGACUUCCUCGGUGGCACCCGACCGGCCCGUGGCGAUGUCGGGGACAUCUUGGGCGCCUCAUGGCGAGGUCACAAUUCCUAUGGAUGGGGCAGAUGGUCUAGCACUAUACGGUCAAUCAUCCACUGUGGUAGGUGCUUGGGGCAAUGAGCCCGCGCCUAUGGAUUCUCACGCCAAUAGCGCAGUGGGUUGGAAUGACCGUCAGGACGUCGAGUACUGGCUUCCGGACCGUCUCGGCUCUCAAGUCCUAGUCUUUGAAUUCCUCGGCAGUAAAAUAUAUCUCAAACCAUCACUUCCAUCCAUUAUUCAGCCAGUCCCAGAAGUCUCGGCUAUGAACAUGUCUCCGCAGGAACAGCAGAGAAUGGCAUUCUCCCCGGCUGUGGGGUCAUCAAUUCAGCACGACAGCCAAGAAGCGGAUGAUUUUUGGCCUUCUUCUAUCAAUGAAUCUAACAUGAUACUCUGGAUCUAUGUAUACUUUGAUCUAUUACACCCGACUCUUCCAAUUUUGAGUCGUUCCCCCAUCUUCACCCGCAUGACGUCCCAAGAGCAUCGCAAAAACCCUCAAUUUGGAGCAAUUCUGCUCUCAUUAUGUGCAUUUUCUCUCAUACUGCCGAUCGAGAUCAACGAACGCGCAACAACUUCUUCGCGCGCCACUCAAGCACGCUCUAUGAUGCACGAGGCCACCAAAAUGCGAAGUUGCUCCGACUUCGGCGAGAACCCUACCAUUGAGGCUGUUCUGACCAGCCUUUUUCUUUUCGGUUGUCUUUCUGGUAGCAACCAACACAAUGUUGCAUGGUUAGAUCUCGCCUUCACACUGGGACUCAAUGAUCCUGAAACUUAUCGCGAUUCAUCUGGAGAUGAGAAGAGUCAAAGUCUGCGGACAUAUCUUGUUCUAUCAAUCACAGAAAGGGCAUACGCUCUCCGGCGACUUCAUCCAGUAACAUUCUCAGUGAAACCAGGAUUCAACAUGCGCUUCGUACACGACUUUCUUCACAAUGCAACUCACAGCCUAGUUUCUGGUAUCAUUGUUCACAACGAGAAGGAUGCGGAGGGAAUCAUGGGCUUGACUCGACUGAUGGAGUUGUUCGAUGUCAUCGACGAAGAUAUCAUUCAUUGCUGGAAUCAAAGAUGCGAUAUCAGCAAGGGCUUUUGUGGAAGAUUCACCGAAGCCAAAGCACUGUCGAUGUAUGACAGCCUGGAAAGGAUCAGCCAAGCUGAGAGAUUCAAGGGAUAUGACUGGUUUGAGAAAGCCAAAGGAGACCGAGGCGAUAGCAAUGCUCUUCUAGCCAUGGGGCUGCGUGAGACACAAGCGGCAGACGUAUUCAUCACUCAGCAAUGGAUCCAGAACCGUGUUUGGCUUCUUUGCUUAAAUCAUGGCUUCUUGCGGUCACAUUCCGAGCGACCUGAUCUGACAUUCGGUUACCCUGUAUCCAUCGCCAAGUCAGCACUUCAACUUUGUCGAUCAUUGAAACUAAGCUCAAUGGAAGCCCACGGAAUUGGAUAUAAACUAUAUGAUAUUGCCGUCAGUGCAACCGAUAUCCUCUGUAAUAUCAACCCACCCUAUGGGACCGGAAUGGCACCGCUGGGCAAUUUUACCGACUCGAUACCCACAACUUCAUCCUCAGAACUUGGCCGAGGAUUUCUUGCUAUUGUUGAACGGCUUCCGUGGUGGUAA